AUGCUCAAAAUCCUCCUCUUCGUCACCCUGAUCUCAUUCGUUUAUUCAUUCGAUAAACGGCAAUUGUUGAAAGGGAAAUAUACAGUAGAUAAGCAUCCCGGUCAACUCAUCGCAUCACCGCCCGAAAAUGAUGCCUCAUUGGGGAAUGAGAAAAGCAAGCACCCGAUCUCUCGCCGCGUUCUCCGCUGGGAGCGAUCGGCUGAGCCGCUCUUUGAGCCCGAGUCCGAUUUCCCGAUGCCUGAGGAGCUUCAGGUGUUGCCCGGGGAUCUCGAUUUCGUCAAAGUGAGACCUUUCAGACACUUAGCUCCAAAGCGGAAGCCCUCUCUCAUCAACAAUGAAGUCGAGUACGAUCCGGCGCUUGAAUUU